AUGGAAUGGAGGCCCAGAAACUAUAAAACAAGCCGAGGACGACCACCGACUAGAUGGGCCGAUGAUAUAAAACGUGUAGCGGGAAACUGGCUACAAGCGGUCCAGUAUAAUGGAAAAGUGAUAAAAGCUGUCAACGGAUUAUCUGCUGAUUCAAGGCACGGAGUAAGAACAGUUGUUAUUGAAGAGAUUCAAGUUUUUCCGGUACAUGCUCCGGUAAGAGGUAUUAAAAUUAUGAAAAAUGUUAAAAGUGGAAAAGAAGAGUCCAGACUUGUGGUCGUUUCUGACACAGAAGUUCAGUCAUUAAGAGUGCAUCGAUGUGAUAGUAAUAAAAUAUCAAGUUGUAGUGAAUGCGUUGCUCUCCAAGAUCCCUAUUGUGCUUGGGACAAAGUGCAAGGAAAAUGUAGAUCCAAGGGUUCUGGUCGCUGGGGUGAAGAAAGUUACUUCUUCCAAAGUGUUAGCACCGGUGAGCACACUGCGUGCCCUCCCUUAAAGUUGGGAAAAGAUGCUGGAUCUGUCGGAGGACUAAGUUCGACUCAACCGAAGUAUAAUUCUGAUCAUCAACCCAUUAAUGACAAACCUGAUGGGCAAGUCAUUAAUAUUAUUCAGGACAAAGCUUUUGAAAGCAGUGGUCCUGCAGUUACAGCGGCUGAUGCUCUUCCUAACCAAUAUUCCGUGGAGACACUAAUUAUGGCCGUCGUAGCAGGUUCUGUGUCCGCUUUAGUUGUAGGAUUUUUCGCAGGCUAUUUGUGCGGUCGCAAAUGCCACAAAGACGAAGACGAUAAUUUACCAUAUCCUGAUACUGAAUAUGAAUAUUUUGAACAGAGACAAAAUAUGAAUAGGUAA